GUGCUACUGGUGGGAAUCAUGUUUAAAAAUGUGCCGUUUAUGGCUGAGUCGGUGUUGAUUGAUAAGGAGACGGGGGAUAUAUUGAGGUUGGCGGCGUUGAGUGUGGUCGUGGUGCGUGCCGCGAUGGGUUUCGAUCUGGGAUUGUUUAAGAAAUCGAAUGUUCGUCACGGUGUUGGAUCACAUUUCUGUGAUAUUUUUAUAUCUUCGAUCCCCAUCGACAAUUUACUAUGCAUUCUUGCGUUUAGUGUAUCGAUUUCGGUCGUUUUCGCUGUAAAUAUUCCUUCUCAAAUUGGAAUAAUAUUCGCGCAGCUGGCCAUUGGAACGAUUGUUGGUAUUACAGCAGGUGUAACGAUGUGGUUAUUCCCGAAAUGCGAUGGUCACUACAGUCAUUUUCUGCGUUUCUUGCUCAUAAUGAACAUGUCGUUCGCAUCGUUAUUUGCAUCGAACACGUUGCAUUGCCUGCCAGCGGGCAUUGUGGCCAGCAUUCUACUGACAGUCAUCUCGGCAUUGAGAUGGCGUAUUGAUAACCGUUCGAAAACGAUCAAAGAAGAGCGAGCAUUUGCAGUACUAUUUGAUUUGUUCGCAGUGCCCAUCUUGUUCGGAUUGAUUGGAUAUGACUUCGGCAUUGCUCAGUUGGAUAUGAGAAUGGUGCUGGAAGGGUUUGCGAUCGCAGGUAUUGGAAUGUUGGUACGAACAGUAAUAGCGUUUAUUCUGUCCUUUUUUGCUGGAUUAUCGUUAACUGAACAAGCACUAAUCAGCGUGAUUCUGGUCUCGAAGGCAACUAUUCAGGCCGUACUCUCUCCGUACAUAGUUGACGCAUGUAGUGAACGAACGGAAUGUGACGAUCGGACGGCCGUCAUGAUGCGAACCGUUUGCGUGUUUGCGAUUAUAAUCACGGCACCGUUAGGUAAGUCGUGUGAGAAGUGGCGAACUCGUGUUCAUAAAGAUGAGCAAUUAUCGAAGCUAACCUCAUCGCUAACCCCAACGAGACUUCGUCUAAUGAACGAGCCGAGUGGUGUACACCAUAAUAAUAACAAUAAUAAUGAUCUAAUUGAUAUCACAAAAGGUCUGGAUGACUUCUACGGCGGCUCGAAGCCGUUAACUGAUCGCGAGAAUAAUUCAGUAUUAUUAACAGCAUCACCUCAGCUAUUAUCUGAUGGUAACAAUAAGAAAUACAGACUGAAAACACCGAAUCGGGCGCGAGCACCUGCGCAGCGUCGCGGUCAUCAUCACAGAGACAAGCGAAGAGUCGAGUCAUCUAAACGAAGAGAUGAGCUCAGCAAAUUGAUCAAGUUCUCAGCACCACAGAUAUUGAUAGAUGAAUAUGGAGAGGAUGAUUCGAAGGAUAAUUUCGAUGUGGAUGAUUUGAUUUUAGCGAAUGGUAAUAAUAACGAGAACGAUAUGGAUAAUAGUGCAAUUGCGCCGAGUGCGAUUAAGGGUUUACAAUCAAAAUUGGACUAUACAAAAGUGAAACUGAAUAGAAUUGAGUAUAAACGAGUGUACCCUGAAGUGAUGCUUAUUCGGAUUAAAGGUGAGAAGCACGUAGACGUACGUUUGGUUGCACCGAAAAUCACAUCGCUGCAUCAUUACGCAGUUUUCGUCCUAAUUAAACCGGAUCGUUUGUUUUUAUUCAAUGGUAAACACGCGAAUCUGAUGGAGAAAUCAAUGGGUAUGCAAUUUGUGAAUAAUAUAAUAAGUAAGAACGGCGAAUUGGGAUGUAAAGCGAAGCGAGUUGAAGAGAUGCGGAGUGAUGCGUUGUUGAGUGAUGGUGCUGACUUUUGGAAGAUAUUGACAACGGAUACUGAUAAUGAGGCAACGAGUUUAUCGGAUUCGAUUGAGAGCAACGCUGAGGAGCUGUUGAAUUUGAUGGGAGAAUAUCGCGAUGAACCGUUCGAGAACUUAAUUGCGUCCGAGGUGAAUAUUGUCUUCAGAAUCGAUCAGAACUCAAUGAUAGCCGAGAUUGUGUCCUGCUUGAAGAUACCUGAUUAUCGUUUACUGCAACCCGAUGCUAACUUUAUAUUUGAUUUCGGCUCCGAAAUCUAUGUAUGGUAUGGAAGAAGCGCGAAUCGUAACGGAACACGCCAGGCAGUGCUUUACGCGAAGGAAUUGUUAAAUGGGAAUGUGGCACAUCUGAGCACAAAUUCACGGGCAUUAUUCGGUGAGCAUUUCAAAACGGAACGACGACCGAAAUGGUGCAGUUUGGUGAAGUUAUCACAAGGACUGAGCGAUAUUCUGUUCGAGAGUAAGUUCGUAAACUGGAAGAGGAGUGCGAAGAAGGGUACGGCGCUGAUCAGACAACCUGCGAAACAUAUCAGUAAUAUUCAUGCGAUUAACUGCAGCAGCAAUCAAUCGAAUGACGAACAGAUAUCGUAUGCACUGGGAAGUAAAUUAGCUGAGAAUAGAUCAAAAGAAUCGGUGUUAUUAGUGGAUGGCGAUGAGAUCGAACGAAUCGCGAGCAAUGUGUUCACGGAGGGCUUGAAGGUUUGGGUGUUGAACAGUGAAUUGGGUGCUGCGAAUGAAGUGAAUGAUGAACUCAUUCAAUUAUGGCCUUGUGCUGAUGAUGCAUCGAUCAAUAAUUAUGCGAUCAAUAAGUGCUGUGUAUUUUAUGAGAACAUGUGCUAUAUCAUCAAAUGGGAUUUCAGAAUUGAACGCAAAAAUGUUCAUAAGUUAGAUGGGACGAAACGAAACGUGAAAACGGGUCGCUCUCGACGAGUUUACUUCUUCUGGUUGGGCUUGCAAACAACCAAGAAACAACAGGGAUUGUGCGCAUUAGCGCUGAGAAAUAUCGAUAAAGAACGUGUUCAACACGAGCGUAUUGUGCAGAACGAAGAACCGUACGCAUUUGUGCAGUUGUUUCGUGGUAAUUUAAUUAUAAGGGGGUGCUACGAUACUAGCAAUGCCAACAGUAGUGUACGUGCACUUGCAAAUAACGGUCUAAAUGAGGAUAUAACUGCGCAUUUGAAUAUUGCAAGCAGUGAAGAUGGCGGCAAUGCAUCUGGGCACGAUAUUGGAUUGUUUGUCUUAAUCGGAUCAACGCAACCUGACGAAUAUCGAUUGAUUGAAUUGAAUACCGAUAAUAAUAAUAAUAUUAACAAUAAUUGUAAUAAUAAGAAGUACGCGAUAUUGCGAUCGCAUGCAGUUUACGUGAUCAUAUCAUGGCGAACCAAUGAGAUCUUCAUAUGGUAUGGACGAGAGAGUUUAUUUGUAUGGCGUGAGGCAGCAUUGAGGGUGGUGAGUAAUAUUGUGGCUGCAAGUAAUGAAGUAGAAGAUGGUGAAAGUGAACAUAAUGCAGAUUGUGCUAACAAUAAUUAUGGGUUUAAUUUGAAGUUUAGCGAUGGCAAGGAAGAGAUAAAAAUUAUUGAAUUGGAUCAGAAUGAACCGAAUGAAAAAGUCUUGAAUUGUUUGAAAAAUUCUCGGCUCAAUAUCGAGUAUUUUGAUGGCUGCUGCUCAUCAUCAUGCAGCGAUGGCACUUAUUCUUCAUCUUCUGAUAACACCACUGAUAAUAGUGAUAAGAAUGGUGGUGAUACGAGUGAUAAUGAUACGAAGCAAGAGAAUUGUGAUAUUGAACUUGCGGUUAUUUCAGCAAAAAAUUGGAAACAGCCACCACGUUUGAUUCGUUUAUUCGAUUACGAUGGUGACUACGUGCCGUGCCAACAGUGGGAUACUCAAAUGCCGUUCACGUUCCAUCAGUAUCAUUUAAGAGAUACAAUGCUUGUGGAUCAGGGCACAAUUUUAUGGGUAUGGAGCGAACGGGUGGUGAGUACGCAUUCGCUUCGCGUAGCGAAAUCCUAUUGGCAAUCGUGCCAACACGAUUCGGCAGCACCUAUCUAUGUGAUCUGCAAGCGAUACGAGCCGAUCGAGUUCAAGGCGUUGUUUUGUGAGUGGAAUGAUUUUGAUUGUGCGAAUGAUAAUACAGACGACGACGACGACGAGGGGGAAGUAAAAUUUGAGAUGUGUGAACUAGAUAAAUUGUUAGCAGAACGUACCAAGUAUUUCACAGUGGAUGAAUUGAGAAGACGCGAUUUGCCGUCGGGUAUCGACCUGAAGCAUUUGGAGGAGUAUCUGAACGAGACGGACUUCGUGAGUGUGUUCUGCAUGCAGCGAUCGCAGUUCUAUGCAUUGCCUGCCUGGAAACAGAUACAACUCCGAAAGCAGAAUGAUCUGUUUUGA